AUGAGUCGCCAGCUGAAUGCAAAAGCGUGGAGUGGAGGGAGGGGGUUUAGUGCUGGCUCUGCCAUUGUUUACGGAGGGGCCAGGAGCAAUGCGUCUUCUGUAAGCCGAAGGAGUGCGGGAGGGGCAAGUGGAAGCUGUGGCUUUUACAGCAGAAGCCUCUACAAUCUCGGGGGGACUAAAAGUAUCUCCCAGAGCGUGGUUCCAGGAGGUGCCCGGCGUGGAGGUGGAUUUGGUGGCAGUGCUGGGCUUUGUUUUGGUGGAUUUGCUGGGGCCGGCUGGAGCAAUGGCAACUUUGUCAAUGGAAGAAAUGGCCCAGGCUUUCCUUCCUGUCUGCCGGGCAGCAUCCAGGAAGUGAUUGUUAACCAGACCCUCCUGGCACCCCUUAACCUGGAAAUUGAUCCUGAGAUCCAGAAAGUGCGCAGAGAAGAAAGGGAGCAGAUCAAGAACCUGAAUGACAAAUUUGCUUCCUUCAUUGACAAGGUUCGAUUCCUGGAGCAGCAGAAUAAAGUCUUGGAGACCAAAUGGAACCUUUUGCAGCAGCAGCCCAUUUCCCACAUGAAGAACAAUGUCGAACCUCUCUUUGAGGGCUAUGUCAACAGUCUGAGGAAGCACUUGGACUCCCUGAAGGGUGAAAGAUGGAGGCUGGGCUCAGAACUCAAGAACAUGCAGGAUCUAGUGGAAGAUUUUAAGCACAGGUAUGAGGAAGAAAUCAACAAGCGUGCAUCUUCUGAGAAUGAAUUUGUAUUGCUAAAAAAGGAUGUAGAUGCUGCCUAUAUGAACAAAGUGGAGCUGGGAGCCAGGGUAGCUUCUCUGACUGAAGAGCUCAGUUUCCUGAAAUGCCUGUAUGAGGCGGAGUUGGUGCAGAUAUAUGGUCGGAUAAAUGACACCAGCAUCAUACUCUCAAUGGACAACAAUCGGGACCUGGACUUGGACGUUAUCAUUGCUGAGGUCAAAGCACAGUAUGAAGAUAUUGCAAGAAGGAGCCGAGCUGAAGUUGAUGCCAUGUACCAAAGCAAGUUUCAGGAACUUCAGAUCACAGCUGGGAAGCAUGAUGAUGCCCUGAAAUGCUCCAAGGUAGAGAUUUCUGAACUGAAUCGACUGAUCCACAGACUGAGGGCCGAAACAGAGAAUGUGAAGAAGCAGUGUUCCCAUUUUCAGUCAUCCAUUGCUGAGGCUGAAGAACGUGGAGAGAUCGCCCUCAAGGAUGCAAGGGAGAAGCUGAUGGACCUGGAGAACGCCAUGCAGAAAGCUAAGGAGGAGCUGGCCCGUCUUUUGCGUGAUUACCAGGAGCUUUUGAAUAUUAAGCUAGCACUGGAUAUUGAGAUCGCCACCUAUAGGACACUGCUGGAAGGAGAGGAAUGCAGGAUGUCUGGAGAAUGUGGCAGUGCUGUGAACAUAUCUGUAGUCAGCAACAGCAGCAUGGUCGGAGGAAAUGGACUGAGUCGUGGAGGAGGGCUCAGUGUUGGAGGAGGAAGUUCAACUUCUGGGAGCAGCAGAGGCAUUGUGGGAUAUGGCUCUGGAGCAGGAGGAAGCUCUCCUGGACUGAAGAUUAUAUCGACCACUUCUACAAGCAAAAGGACAACCAUAAGAUGA